AAAACCCUAAUAACUAAUAACGCACCUCUAAAACCCCUUCCUCCUCCCUGCGAAUGGUUCGCCGCAAUAACAAUAACAGUAAAGAACAAAGCUCAAUCAACUCCAUGAGCUCGAGCCAGUUCCAGGGCACCAAGACUCGCUUCCAGGAUCCCGACGAGGAAGAUGCCCUGGAUACCUCCAAUCCUGAGGGCUCUAUUGAAGUGGGUGAUAGAGUAACAGAAGAUGUCUCCAUGGGCGAACCUGAUGUGUCCUUCGUUGAUUGUGCCGAUGAUGACGAUAAGACCAGCGCUGAUUACUACUUCGACUCUUACUCUCACUUUGGCAUUCAUGAAGUAAGUGUUCUGCCUUCCAAAUGUUGAUUUCAGAGUAUUUGUUUAAUCAUUCUGUCUUAUGAGAUUCAAAUUAGGACUCCUACAAAUUGGACAUUCAAAAAUGUGCUUUUGAUAUUGCAUCAUUGCUUUAUGUUUUCAUUUUUAGCAAAUUGAUUGCCUCUAUAAUGGAAGCUGUCUACUGUAUGUUUUCCUACUGUCCCCGGAUUUCAGGAAAUGCUGAAGGAUGUGGUGAGAACCAAGACGUAUCAAAAUGUUAUUUAUAAGAAUAAGUUUCUAUUCCAGAACAAAGUAGUUCUGGAUGUGGGAGCAGGGACUGGAAUCUUGUCAUUAUUUUGUGCAAAGGCAGGGGCAUCACAUGUUUAUGCAGUUGAGUGCUCUCAUAUGGCUGACAUGGCUAAGCAAAUUGUGGAAACAAAUGGAUUUUCUGAUGUUAUAACUGUUUUGAAAGGAAAGAUUGAAGAAAUUGAGCUUCCCGUUGAAAAAGUAGAUAUUAUCAUUUCGGAAUGGAUGGGUUAUUUUCUGUUGUUCGAGAAUAUGUUGCAUACAGUCCUGCAUGCUCGUGAUAAAUGGCUUGUGAAUGAUGGAAUUGUGCUACCAGAUAAAGCUUCUCUCUAUCUGACAGCUAUUGAAGAUGCAGAGUACAAAGAUGACAAGAUAGAAUUUUGGAAUAAUGUUUACGGCUUCGACAUGAGUUGCAUAAAAAAGCAAGCCAUAAUGGAACCUCUUGUUGACACAGUUGACCAGAAUCAAAUUGUCACAAACUCCCAGCUACUUAAGACAAUGGAUAUCUCUAAGAUGGCUCCUGGUGACGCUUCCUUCACGGCUCCUUUUAAGCUUGUGGCAAGUCGUGAUGAUUAUAUCCAUGCUCUUGUUGCAUAUUUUGAUGUAUCAUUCACCAAGUGUCACAAAUUGAUGGGCUUUUCUACAGGUCCCAAAUCACGGGCCACGCAUUGGAAGCAAACAGUUCUCUACCUAGAAGAUGUGCUAACCAUUUGCGAAGGAGAGGCAAUAACAGGUAGCAUGACUGUGGCACAAAAUAAGAAGAAUCCCCGGGAUGUUGAUAUAAUGAUCAAAUAUUCAUUGAAUGGUCGGCGUUGCAUCAUUUCCAACGUUCAAUACUAUAAGAUGCGCUGAUUUUUCUCACAACAUUCAUAACAGCUUCCCAUAUUUUUUUGGGAAAGCAGAUUGUUAUGCUACCAAAAGUUAUGCUGCACCAGUUUUUAAUCGCCUGAGAUGAGGCAGAUUUGGUUUUUUCUUGUAAACUGUAACGUGCAUUGUUUUAAAUUUACUCCUGCUCAAGCUGAUUAAAAUGUAAUGCUAUAUUUUUUAU